AGACUGGGCUCGUUGUAUUAUUUGUAAAGGGAGAGGGUUUCUGCUCAACGCCACCAGGGCUGGGGGCGCAACAGCACUCCGCAAGGCACAGGGAAGAGGAAAACCUGUUUUAUUUUAUCUUUAAUUAUUUUACAAUGCAUAAUAAACUGAAAGCGGGCUCUAAAUGAAACAGUAAAACCAAAUUCAAAGUUUAAAUCAAUGGUACAGGAGGGUAUUAUGUCCAGGACGCCUUCCACCUCAACCCAGGAAAUCCAAAUGGACAUGUUCGACCACCACGGCUCUCACGCUCAGGGGAAGUAUGCAAAGAGGAAGAGCCGUUUCAAACGUUCAGAUGGCAGCACCUCCUCAGACACAACCUCCAACAGCUUCGUCCGACAGGGCUCAGCAGACUCCUACACCAGUCGUCCUUCAGACUCUGACGUGUCUCUGGAGGAGGACCCUGAGGCUCUCAGGAAAGAAGCCGAUAGACAAGCUCUUGCCACCCUAGAGAAGGCUAAGACCAAGCCUGUAGCGUUUGCGGUGAGGACUAAUGUUGGCUAUAACCCAGGCCCUAAUGAUGAUGUGCCGGUUCAGGGCAUGGCCAUCUCUUUUGAACCCAAAGACUUCCUGCACAUCAAAGAGAAGUAUAAUAAUGACUGGUGGAUCGGACGUUUAGUGAAGGAAGGAUGUGAGGUGGGGUUUAUCCCUAGUCCAGUGAAGCUUGAGAGCACCCGUCAAUUACAAGAACAGAGAAUGAGACAGAACCGCCUUAGCUCCAGUAAGUCCGGUGGAAGCUCUAGUCUGGAUGUUGCCACAGGUGCCCGGAGGCCCACUCCACCUGGAACAGCUGACUUGUCCACUGGGCUUUAUGACGAUACUUUGGAUUCGGAUGUUGAGGAGGUGGAGCCUGCCGACACCCGUGACCAAAAGGGUGUGGGCGGAAGUGUCACCUCCCCUCAAGGCAACCUACCCCGCCUCCCUUUCUUUAAGAAGAUGGAACAUGUUCCUCCUUACGAUGUGGUGCCUUCCAUGAGACCCAUUAUUUUGGUGGGACCAUCCCUGAAAGGCUACGAGGUGACAGAUAUGAUGCAGAAAGCUCUCUUUGACUUUCUAAAACACAAAUUUGAAGGCAGAAUAUCCAUCACCAGGGUGACAGCAGACAUCUCACUUGCCAAACGUUCCGUUCUAAACAACCCCAGCAAACACACGAUCAUCGAGCGCUCCAGCACUAGAUCCAGUCUGGACGUACUGGCUGAGGUACAGAGUGAAAUCGAGAGAAUCUUUGAGCUGGCACGGACACUUCAGUUAGUGGCUCUGGAUGCCGACACAAUCAACCAUCCAUCUCAGUUGGCCAAGACGUCACUGGCACCUAUCAUAGUCUACAUCAAGAUUGCCUCUCCAAAGGUGUUGCAGAGGCUGAUAAAGUCCAGGGGUAAAUCUCAGGCCAAACAUCUCAACGUCCAAAUGGUUGCAGCUGAUAAACUCGCACAGUGUCCUCCUGAGCUUUUUGACAUAAUAUUAGAUGAGAAUCAGCUGGAGGAUGCAUGUGAACACCUGGCUGAAUACCUGGAGGCCUACUGGAAGGCUACACACCCUCCGAGCAGCAACCCACCCAACCCUCUGCUCAAUCGCACCAUGGCCACAGCCGCCCUGGCGGCCUCGCCCGAACCCGUCUCCAACCUGCAGGGGCCAUUCUUGGUGCAUGGAGAACAGAAGAGGGAAGGGCCUGAACGUGGCAGUCUCCAAGACUACCAGAGCGACCUGGGCGGGAAGCAGCCGCUGCGCUCUUCACGCAGCCAGUUGCAAACAGGCGGACGAGGUCUGUCGCGGCAGGACACGUUCGAUUCCGAGACCCAGGGCAGCCGCGAUUCCGCUUACACCGACGACAUGGAGACCGACCCAUACGAGGAGCCGGACCCGUGUCGCUCGUACCGUCUAAACCCUGCCCACCACGCUCCUCGCCAGGCCUCCUGGGAGGAUGAAGGGGCGGAGCCUGACCAGGAGAACCUCAACGUGGUCCCACCACCAGCCAAUCAGCACCAGCGUGGACGAGGCAAGCUGAGGGAGCGCUACUGUCAGGAUGCAGAAGGCGGCGGGGCGACAACGGCCCGUAACCAUAGCCAAGAGGAGUGGAGCAGAGAUGUGUACAUUCGCUAAAGCAGGUUUACCUGAGAGGAGUUGUUUAGAACGACACUAAGUAGAAUCUCUAUAGUUGGAUCUGUUUACAACCCAGAGAAACACACAAUCAUUGACAAAUGCUGUACAGCUAACACUCACGACAUUCGCAUUACGCUAACAAAGCUCUUGGUCAUAACAUAUUUAGUUUCAACCUGUUUUUGAGGAGAACCUUUCUUCAUUCUGUUUUACUUUUGUAUAGUACUGCAUGACACCUAAUCAUUAUGAGGUUGGUAACUGUCCUUGCUGAGCAUUAAACACGAUUCAGAAUGUAUAGCCAAAAUCUUGCAAAAGUAUGUGUGCGUUCGUUCGUAUGGUUCGGUGGUCGGUCGGGUGCGCAUGGGCGUGUGUGUAUCCUCUGUAGUCUUAAACAGGGUCUUUCUGAUACACGAAAGUCUUGGGAGUGACCCUCCAGUUUGAUUUCCCAGACUACACUACUGCAGAGCGUGUUUUGUGUCAUGUUUUAUUCUAUUUAUUUUAUUUAUUGAGUCUCAAAAGGUCUACCCAGUCUUUAGCCUGCUAAAACCUUUACAGAGCUCCACCGCUGCUGCGUACUCCUCCUAUCCAGAAGGGGUGCUGUGGUGCUCACAUGUUAUAGUUUAAUAGGGCUAACAAGUGCACCUACAUGUUAAUCCAGAUCAGCUAGCAUUUAUAAAAGACUAAUAUGCAAAUAUAAAUAAGACAAUUAAGAGGGUCUAAGAGACAAUUUUUCAAACUAAAAGCCCUAAAUGUUUGAGACCACUAACACAAAUAGCUUUGUGUUGAUUGUAACCGGCUCUGUCUCGUCUUCUGUGCCUGCUCAAGGGCUUUUAGCAUUUGUGCCAUUAGUGUACCACUGCCAUUGGAAACAUGUUCUGCCUUAUUCGCACGUCAGUCACACAGGUCAACCAAUCACAAGUGCCGGAAUCUUUCAUCAGGCCACUCCCACCGUAAACAUGGUGGGUUGUCUUAACUCAGUGCAACAUAUACAGUUGUUGUCCUUGUUAUUGUUGUAGUGUGUAAUAGUAGUCUACACUACCAUUUUACCUUUUUUCCAUAGCGACAUCUUUGCACUGCUAGUCAUUUUAAGAUUAAACAAAGUGUUUAUUGCAUGACAGUUUAAGGAUUCACUUCACAGUCUGAGAAGCUGCAUAGAAACACAUUUAAUCUUACAAAAUCAACACUGACAUACGCAGAUACACACAUCCUACUGCCAAACUCAUACUAAUGCUACUGCUUUUUGUGUUGUUAUCUCUGUGGCCAGUUUCUAAGCCAUGACUGUAUGUGUGUGUGUGUGUGUGUGUGUGUGUAUGAAAUGGGAGAAAAUCUGGAGUCUUUACUAUUUUAUGUAACCGGAGCAUUGGUGAAUGUUUAUGAGCCUCUUUUUACCCUCACCUAUGUUUUAAAAGAUCAUCAUGAUGAAAUUCGCUAAAUAUACAAGUAGAUAGCUUACUAAAUAAUGUUAUUGUUGCAUUAUCGCAAUUGUUUCAAAAUAUAAGGAAAACAGACGUAUUCUUUGGUGCCUGAUUGUAGCUCCAUUUUACUUUUUGUUUUUAAUCUGUGGAUAAAUUCAUAUUUUAAUUAAAAAUUUUAAUCUGGA